CCUCCAUGGGAAAUGCAAAGGACUAACUACAACCCAGACUAGUUCUUUCACAAAACCAAUAUAUAUAGAGAGAGAAGCUUGGUUGAUUGUUCAUCAAUGGCGGUUGAAGAAGGCAAAGAUGAUUACACUGAAGAUGGAACUGUGGAUCUUAAAGGAAACCCUGUUCUUAGAUCCCAGAGAGGUGGAUGGACUGCUUGCUCCUUUGUUGUUGUGUACGAAGUGUUCGAACGAAUGGCGUAUUAUGGAAUAUCAUCGAAUUUGGUCCUUUAUUUGACUCGGAAGCUCCACCAAGGCACGGUGAAGUCGGCCAACAAUGUGACCAACUGGGUCGGCACCAUUUGGAUUACUCCCAUCUUGGGUGCCUAUGUUGCCGACGCUCAUCUCGGACGUUAUUGGACCUUUGUCUGCUCUUGUAUCAUUUACAUCUCUGGAAUGGCAAUGCUAACAUUAUCAGUAUCACUCCCUGGACUAAAACCACCACCCUGUCACCAAGCCAACGUAGACAACUGCAAGAAGGCAUCGACCCUACAGCUAGCUGUAUUUUUCGGUGCAUUGUAUACACUAGCCGUCGGAACCGGUGGCACGAAGCCGAACAUCUCUACGAUUGGUGCCGACCAGUUUGACGAUUUUCAUCCGAAAGAGAAGGCUCAAAAGCUGUCUUUCUUCAAUUGGUGGAUGUUCAGCAUCUUCUUUGGGACACUUUUUGCCAACACGGUCCUUGUUUACAUUCAAGACAAUGUUGGUUGGACACUAGGGUACGGUUUGCCCACGCUUGGACUAGUGAUUUCGGUUAUCAUCUUCUUAGCCGGCACCCCGUUUUAUAGGCACCGAGUGCCCGCCGGGAGUCCGUUCACGAGAAUGGCUACGGUCAUAGUGGCAGCCAUUAGGAAAUGGAGGGUGCCACUUCCUAGUGACCCUAAGGAACUUCAUGAACUUGGCUUGGAAGAGUAUGCAAGUAAAGGGAAGUUCAUGAUUGAGUCAACAUCAUCUUUGAGGUUUUUGAACAAGGCUGCAGUGAAAACAGGGUCUGUGGAUCCAUGGAUGCUAUGCACAGUGACCCAAGUAGAGGAAACUAAACAAAUGCUAAGAAUGAUCCCAAUAUUGAUUGCCACAUUCGUGCCAAGCACGAUGAUUGCACAAACCCAUACGUUGUUUGUGAAACAAGGCACCACACUUGAUAGGCAUAUAGGGAACUUCAAGAUCCCCCCGGCAAGUUUAACCGGAUUUGUGACGAUUUCUCUGCUUAUCUGUGUCGUCCUCUACGAUCGUUUCUUCGUUCCGGUUGUCCGAAAAUGGACCAAGAAUCCGAGGGGCAUCACUCUGCUUCAGAGGAUGGGAGUUGGCCUUGUUCUUCACAUCAUAAUCAUGGUGAUUGCUUCUUUCACUGAGAGGUAUAGACUCAACGUGGCUAAACAACAUGGUUUGGAUGAGAAUGGAGGCCAACUUCCGUUAACCAUAUUCAUUUUACUUCCCCAAUUUGUGCUUAUGGGGACAGCUGAUUCGUUUCUUGAUGUGGCUAAGCUCGAGUUCUUUUACGAUCAAGCACCGGAAAGCAUGAAGAGUCUUGGGACCUCCUAUUCGAGUACGAGUCUGGGGAUUGGGAAUUUUCUCAGUAGCUUCCUUCUGUCGACGGUUUCCGAUAUCACUCAAAGGCAUGGUCAUCGAGGAUGGAUCUUGAAUAACCUAAACAAGUCACAUCUUGACUACUAUUAUGCCUUUUUUGCAGCACUCAGCUUCUUGAACUUCAUUUUCUACUUGACAGUAAUCAAGUUUUAUGUGUACAAGGCUGAAGUUUCAGAUUCCAUGCACGUGCUUACGGAAGAACUGAAGGUGAUGAGAUUAAAGUCAUCAAAUCAAGAAGAUCUUAAGCAAUAGUUAGAUGGAGCAAUGUUGAACAAUUAUCAGUUAUACUUCAUUGCAAUGCUAUGUGUUAAAACAAGUAAAAUUCCCUAAUAAUGCUACAAAGAAGUUGAAAAUGAAGCAAAGAAAAUUUUACAGUUUGCUCUCUCUACCUCCCCAAAGAUCUUGUUAUCACAUUUAAGGUUACCGAAUUCGAUACAUUGUGCUUGUGCUCU